AGCUUUUUUCAAGAUGGACUGAAAGCUGUUGAAAGCCUCAAGCCCUCUAUUGAGACACUAUCAACAGAUCUGCACACGAUCAAACAAGUCCAGGAUGAAGAAAGGAAACAACUGAGCCAACUAAGAGACAUCCUAAAAACUGCACUGCAAGUGGAGCAGAAGGAGGAUUCCCAGAUCCGCCAGAGCGCUGCAUACAGCCUGCACCAACCACAGGGGAACAAGGAACAUGGCACUGAGAGGAUUGGCUUCCUUUACAAGAAGAGUGAUGGGAUUAGGAAAGUGUGGCAGAAGAGAAAGUGCUCUGUUAAGAACGGUUUUCUCACAAUAGCUCAUGGCACAGCCAACUUACCUCCUGCAAAGCUGAACCUGCUGACCUGCCAAGUGAAAACAAAUCCAGAGGAAAAGAAGAGCUUUGACCUCAUCUCUCAUGAUCGGACUUACCAUUUCCAAACUGAAGAUGAGCAAGAGUGCCAAAUAUGGAUGUCCGUGCUCCAGAACAGCAAAGAAGAAGCUCUAAACAAUGCUUUCAAAGGUGACCACAGUACAGGCGAGAACAAUAUAGUUCAAGAGCUGACCAAGGAAAUUAUAUCUGAUAUCCAGAAGAUGCCGGGAAAUGAUGUAUGCUGUGACUGUGGAGCAGCAGACCCUACCUGGCUUUCUACUAAUCUGGGUAUACUGACCUGUAUUGAGUGCUCAGGAAUUCACAGAGAGCUCGGGGUGCAUUACUCCAGAAUACAGUCCCUCACACUGGAUGUCUUGGGAACUUCUGAACUGCUGCUUGCCAAAAACAUUGGGAAUACAGCAUUUAAUGAGAUCAUGGAGGCUUGCCUGCCUGCUGUCGAUACUGUGAAACCUGCAUCCAGUAGUGACAUGAAUGCUAGAAAAGAUUACAUUACUGCAAAGUACAUUGAGAAACGAUAUGCAAGAAAGAAAUAUGUUGACCAUGCAUCUAAACUGCACGGUCUGUGUGAUGCCGUCAAGACCAGAGACAUAUAUGCACUUGUGCAACUGCACGCUGAUGGUGUGGACCUUACAGAAACCAUUCCACUAGCUAACGGGCAUGAGCAUGGUGAGACAGCCCUACAUCUAGCUGUGAGAUCGGUAGACCGCACUUCCCUGCACAUAGUUGACUUUUUAAUGCAAAACUGUGGUAACUUGGACAAACAGACUGUGAAAGGAAGCACUGCUCUUCAUUAUUGUUGCUUAACAGACAACGCUGAGUGCCUUAAAUUACUACUGAGAGGCAAGGCUUCCAUAGAGAUUGCCAAUGAAGUGGGAGAAACCCCCCUUGACAUUGCUAAGCGACUAAAGCACACACAGUGUGAAGAGUUGUUGAUGCAAGCUUUGACUGGGAGGUUUAAUGCCCAUGUCCAUGUGGAAUAUGAAUGGAGGCUGCAUCAUGUGGACCUGGAUGAGAGUGAUGAUGAUGUUGAUGAUAAAAUUCAGCCAAGUCCUAACCGCCGGGAGGACAGACCAGUCAGCUUUUACCAGAUUGGACAAAAUGCAGGGCAGCCUUGUGUUGCCUCUUUAGCUAGAGAUGCAGCCAACAUCGCUAAAGACAAGCAAAGAAACUUUCUUCCCAGCAUCAUUCAGAAUGACACCUAUGGAGCAGUGCUCAAUAAUAACACACCACCAAGUUCUGCUGGGCCAGGGCCAGCACCAGCACCUCCCCUGCCACCAAGAAACAUCGGUAGUAUACACAACAACCUUUCAAAUGCCCCGGCCUGGAAAUCCCACGUGAUAGGACAUGAGAGUGGCAGCAGACAGAGGUCCUCGUCUGACCCUCCAGCUAUCCACCCUCCUGUGCCACCAAUGCGUGUAACAUCUACUGCCACAAGUACGUAUCCCCCUCCACCUCCUGUUGCUAAAACAGCCAGCGUUAUUGAAGCACUGAGCCAGCACUCCAAACAGAGCCAGCCCCCUCCUGUUCCACAGAACAAGCCAAUUCCCCCUCCAGUCCCACCUCAGCCCCCCAAUAGACUGGCACAGAAAAGGCCGGUCCCAGGUUUAAAUAAAAGUGUAUUGAUAUAA